AGGCCAUGGUAGAGGCAGAGGUUGUCGACACAGCAACCGAGACGAAUGGCUAUGCUCACUCCGAGCCGUCCCCUGAUAAACUAACUACAGUUGGUGAAGAGAAGAAAGUAUUACUGAGACAGAACCACUACAGCAACAACACAGGACUGACAAACGGCUCUAUCAACAAUAACAACUCUAGUAACAAUGCAGUCUCCAACGAUAACAACUCCAGACAGUCCCAACAGAGGAACACAGCAAUAUUCUCUAAUCCCAUCAAACAGGCACAACAGAUGCCCUACAAAAGAUCGCCCAGUCCAGCCCAGCAGCAGUGGCAGAGUAACCGAGGUAACUACUGGUCCGGUCAGCAGAAAAUGUCUUACCACUCCCCCUACAUGCAGAACAAUAAUUAUAAUAACGGAGGAGGUUACAGGAAUGAUAACAACCAGUCCGAGCAGCUGAGCCGUACUAACCUUUAUAUACGCGGACUGCCCCACCAUACCACUGAUGAUGAGCUGGCUAACAUGUGUAAAAGGUUUGGAAAGAUCACCUCGACAAAGGCCAUCACUGACAAGCAGAGCAACAAAUGCAAGGGAUAUGGGUUUGUUGACUUUGAAAGCCCUGAGGCGGCACAGAAAGCUUGCCAACAUCUUACAUUGCAAGGAACGCAAGCAUCGUUUGCUAAGGUUAGUAGCAAGAUGUCAAUCAACGAUCAGAUAAGAAAACAACAGCACGACCCUUCAAAGAUAAAGCAACACAACGACAACAUAGACGUGACAAACCUGUAUAUCAGCAAUCUACCUCGAUCCUUCACGGAGGAACAACUCAACAGUUUGGUGAUGCCGUUCGGUGAAAUAGUUUCAUCUAGGAUAUUGAAAGACCCAGAGGGGAACAGUAAAGGUGUUGGAUUUGCCAGGUUGGAAAGUAAAGAAUUAUGCGAAAAGGCAAUCAAAGCCCUGAACGGCAAACCAGUAACCCAAGGAGGAGAGCCUUUGAUAGUCAAAUUUGCUGAAGCUCCGAAUCCAAACAAGAAACGGCCUCUAGUUUACUUCGCUCCUGCAUGGGCAGCAGCUGGAGCGGGAAUGGAAGAUAACGGACAACUUCCAGCAAUGAGCUUCGUGCAGCCAAUGUAUUCAGAUGUGUCGUUACAACAGAACGGAGCUUCCGCUAUUCCUACACCAGGCCCUAGACCCCUACUUAUACACCCUUCAAUGCAGAUGGUACCUCUACCAAUUCAGUACAACAACAUUCCAAACGGACAGUGGAUGUCCCCGCAAUUUGUUCCCCUGACUACAUUCCCCCCUCAACUGUCCCCGGUUGAUCAUCACGCCCUGGCAUCUCAGAUGGGACAGUUGCACCUCGGCGGAGGCUAUAUAGGCACUCCAAACUCCUACACUCCAUACAGCACACCUCAGGCUGUAAGCACUAACUCUAUUGCCAGUGAGAACCACACUACUAACGAUGCCCAUCAUCCCAACUACACUAUUUAUGACACCAGCCUACAAUAGAACAAAAGCGCAGUAGAAGGCUGAAAAAGGCACUAAAGAAAUGCAUGCACCUGCACAACAGGGAGUCGUCGCGAAUUAUUUGCAGAAACUUUAAUUCAUCAACCGAACUCUUGAAAUUCUCGAACGAUCUGUAAAAUUUGUCAAUGAUUUCGACGAAAAAUACCAAAAAAAAUGUGAUAAUGGUUUGAAAAGAACCGACGAAGCUUUUGAUUUUCUCGAUGUAUUCGAAUCGUUCCAAAACAUCAAAAUUUGGA